AUGGGGCCUCGCUUGAGUCCACAACUAUCACCAACAGAUUUCAGAAACCUGGUUUUACAAGGUAUAGCUCAGUAUGAUCAUGAGGGUAGCUGCAGGAACGACAAUGCGGCAACAACUAAAAUAGCACCCGAACUGUCGGAACAGGUGGCAGAAGUUGGGAGAAUGUUAUCAGAGUUUAAGAAUGUCGAGUUCUUAAGCAAGUUACAAGAUCCCGAUUUCGAGUUAGGACUGCCAAUUUGGAGCGGAUAUGGUGGAGGUAGGGUUGGUCCGAAGCUUCUUAAGUUUUCUUCCCUUGUUGCUGAUUCUGUUGUGGAUAAUGAACAAUAUGCAAGUUGUUCUAAUUCAAAUGUGGCUGUUACUCCUGAAGUAAUUCCCAUAUUAAGUCCAGGAGGAACGAGAGAAUGGAUUCCAUGUUGUUCUGAUGAGUUAAAACCUGUUGUAGGGAUGAAAUUUAUGAGUGUCGAAGAGGGUAUUUCAUUUUAUAAAGCAUAUUCAAAAGCUGCUGGUUUUGUGAUGAGGAAAUCUACUGCUACAAAAAGGAAGGCACUAGACGUUAUUGCUUUUCAGUAUUGUUUAUGCAACAAGGCUGGUUUCAAAGAAAAAGCAAUAGUUAAGGUUGGAGGCAUGCCAAAUGUUAAAAAAGGGGAAGGUAAUGAAGAUAAAGUACCUAUACCUCGAAGUAGGCUAGUUACUCGUGUUGGUUGCAAGGCUCGGAUGGUUAUGAAGUAUAAAAAUGAAGGUUUUUAUGUGGUGACUGAAUUCCGAGAGCCACAUGUUCAUCCUCUUUACACCCCGGGUUGUCUAAAAUUUCAGAAAGCGGGUAGGAAAAUGAAUAUUCUUCAUAAGAAGAUGUUUAUUGAUAAUUCGAAGGUGAACAUUGGUCCGGUUAAGACUUUUAGAUUGAUGAAGGAGUUAGUUGGAUCAUAUGAUAACGUUGGUGCAUCCAAGCAAGAUUUCAAAAAAUUUCAUAGAGAUUUGAAGGCUUACAUUGAAGGAUCGGAUGCCCAAAUGUUUGUGAAUAACUUUCAGAACAAGAAGUUGUUAUGGAGUGCAUUUUUCUUUGACUUUGAGGUGGAUGAAGACGGAGCUUUUUGGGCAGAUCCUAUAUGUAGAAAGAAUUAUGCACUCUUUGGUGAUAUGCAUGUUCUAUAUAACUAUUCAUAUGUUCUGAACAUUAUACUGAAUGUUCUGAAAUUUGUUUUUAGGUAUAAUAUGAUAUUUGGCCCAUUUACUGGAGUUGAUCACCACAAGAAGUGUGUUACUUUUGGUGCUGCUUUAAUAGCCCAUGAGGACAUCGUGUCUUUUGAAUGGGUUUUUAGAACUUUUCUCAAGGCAAUGGGAGAGAUUGAGCCAACAGAAUUUGAAGAGAAAUGGGGAAAGGUUCUUGCUGAGUUCAAGCUUCAAGACCAUGAGUGGUUGAAGCAGUUGUAUGAGAAGCGUCAAAUGUGGAUCCCAGCAUACUUUAGAGAUUCGUUUCUAUGUGGUAUCAUGAGGACUACAUCAAGGUCAGAGAGUGAGAACAAUUUUUAUACAAAGUUUACCAAUCCCCAUCUCACUCUAGUAGAGUUUUACAUGAGAUUUGAGAGUGCAUUGGAUUCUCAAAGACAUACUCAAGGUCAAUUUGACAAUGAUUCUAAACACAAGCAUCCAGAAUGUAAGACUUCCUUUGCAUUAGAGAAACAUGCUUCUAAAAUCUACACUGUUUCAGUCUUUUAUGAUUUUCAAGAGGAGCUCGAGAUUGGUUGCUUUCAAUGUGGACUUGAGGAGUACAAGAAAGAAAAUGGGUUUGAAAUCUUUACCAUUAGAGAAGGAUGUAGAAUAAGAAAGUUCGGUGUUAGUUUUAACCCGGCUAACCUAGAUAGUAAGUGUAUGUGCAAGAUGUUUGAGAGGUUAGGGAUUCCUUGUAGGCACAUGGUUUGGGUGUGGAAGGCAAAGAUGAUUGAGUAUAUUCCUGAUGCUUAUGUGCUAAAUAGGUGGACUAGUUUGGCAACUAAAACGCUAAUUUUUGAUUUAGAAGGAAAUAUCUUAGAGGGUAAUGAAGAAGAUCUUACUGAUCUUGUGAAGAAUUUAAAAGGUUUAAGGUUAAACUUGGAAGCUAAGAAGAGUUCUAACAAUCAUGAAAACAAUGGUUCUCCUAGCAAAGCAACAGACAUCGAGCUACUGAUUGGAGCUACCCUUCCUACUGAAAUUGUGGUUAAGCCGCCUAAAAUUUCAAAGAACAAAGGCACGGGGGUUCAUAUUCCAGGUACAGGUAGUGACAAACGAUUGAAAGGUAACAAGGAAAAGGCAAUUGAGCAAAGCCAAAAGAAGAAAAAGUUAUGUAGAGGUUGUGGAGAGCUUGGUUACCAUGAUAUCCGGAAUUGCCCACAUAAAGUGAAAGAAAAUUGUAAGUUAUAA